ACGCUUAAAUACGCCGCUGCAACGUUGUUUGAUCGUUUUUGCGACUUUCCACGUCACCGAAACUGUAUGUCUAUAUUACAACUCUGUAAGCUUACAAUCGAUGCGGAAUGCUCGGUCGAUGUGCUGGUCCGCGCUCCGCAUUCCACAUAUUAGAGUAGGAACAGUUGGAGCUGAUUAACAUCUCCACACCGGAGCACAUGCGCCGCCACAGCGCUGACAUGAUAAUCGCUGCAGCUUCUUUCGGAUGCGAAACGAUGCUGCGGGAAAAACUCCCAUCAGUGACGUAAAUGAACGUUGACUGACUGCUUAGCCAAUAAGUAUCCAUUCAGCUUCCGCUUCUUUUCCUGCUUCCACCAUUCAGGCCGCUGCCAGUGGCACAUGCUCAUGUUGAUACGGAUUAUGUUCCUGACAGGAAUUUGCCUAACAAUCGACUUUCCUCAUCUUAUAACUUCCGCAUUUAUCUGCAACAUCGCCAUCCAUAACCGGAGACAAUGAAUGGACACAUGAAUGGAUCAACGGAAAACGUGCUGAACGUGAAGGUCAUCAGCAGUUUCACGGCGCACCGGAACGAUGUUUUAUCGGUGGUCUGGACCGGAAAUAUGGUGGCCUCGGGUUCAGCCGAUAAGACCAUUCGCAUUUGGAGGAUCAACCAAAAAGACGAACAAAACAUCGAACUCCAUGAAGUGCCUUUUUCACCAAUCGCGGAUCAUAUUUACCAUGUACAGUGCUUACACUUCAGUUCGUUUGGGACGUUCCUGGUGGAGUGUUCUUCGGAUGGUGUAAUAAUGGUGUGGAAUACCACAACGGGGAAGAAAAUCGGGCAAGUGAAUCUGCCGUCGAAUACUAUAUCCGCUGCGCGCACGUGCAGGAUAUCUCCAGAUUCGCGCUACAUAGCGGCAGGCGGCGACAAUGAUUGCGUGGCUCUUUGGGCGUUCGACAAAACCGCCGGCCUACAACUACAAAAAGUGUACGAAGGUCACGAAGCCAGCGUGACGUGUUUGUGCUUUACCCACGACAGCGCGUUUAUUUUGUCUGGAGGUAUGGCAGGCGACAUCCGGAUAUGGGAUCGCAACAAAGAUCAAGCGAUAUAUAUCCAACGGGAUGCGCACGAUUUGGGAUGCACAUGCAUGGAUAUUGCCCCGUACAAAUUAAAUAGUCCGAAUGGAAGUACUGCCCUGCAUGUAGCAAGUGGCGGAUACGACAACACAGUCAAACUAUGGCAUUUGAUUGAACUACCAAACGGAAAUAUGAAGCUUGCAAUUUCUCCUGGGAACUGCCACCUGAAAGGUCAUUCCGGCGAUAUCUGUUCCGUCCGUUUUGCUAAUCAAACAAAAUUGCUCAUUAGCUGCUCAUCCGAUCGAACCCUAUUUGUUUGGGAUCCGGUGAAAGCUGUCGCUCUGAAACGUGUUGGACCAUUAACGAAGUACGUGCGCAGCUGUUGUUUCUCAUCUAACGAUCAGUUCAUGAUGGCCGGAUUUUCGGGUGGAAUUGUGGGGUUUUGGCGUAUAUCGACAAAUACAGGAGCGGCCGCCGACGUGGAGCCGCCAGUCACGAUCACUCAAGCUGUCAAUGACAACAAAAUUCAACUGGAAUUUCUGGACGAUGAUAAUGCUCCCAGCGAGUUCCUAUGCCCAGUUACGAAUGAGAUCAUGAGGGAUCCAGUAAUCGCUUUGGACGGAAUUUCUUACGAAAAGACUGCACUGGAAGCUUGGUUCAAGAAAGGAAACUCAACCAGUCCAACAACCAACACUAUUCUGUCUUCACAAUUGUUUAUACCAAAUGUCAACCUGAAAUUACUGAUUGACAGAUGGCAUGUAACUAGAAAAUCAUCUUGUGCAUGAAAAUUUUUAAGAAAUCGAAUGGUUACAACAAAAGGAAAAUUUCGUAUACUUAUGUACAAAGGAACAACUAACAGAUCUCAAGAAAAGGGGACCAGAAUGUUAAAUAAAAACACCAAAUCUUA